AUUAGAAAUGACCCACUCGUGGUAAACGGCAACGUCGGACUGACCUUUGCUUACCUCCUCCUCCAAAAUCAGGUGAUUGUCCGUGUCAACAAAGUGAAUUUUGGAAUUUAAAAACUAUGUACAAGUACUGACAAGACUUGUCUCUGGUCUCUGCUAUGUAGAGUAGACUGUCAACUUCUGUUCAACAUUUUAUUAAAUAGUUACUAAAAGAGCUAUGGACAAAACACGUAGAUUACUGAAUACCAGGAUGAACCUCCCACAGAUGCUUCAAUACAGGGAAACUCAUCGAGAUGGGUCCAAACAUCUUCAACAAAAUUGUCACUUCAGUUUUGAUCUAAUAAAGAGGCUGGGAGUUCAGCAUGAAUUGAACGGCCAUGAAGGAUGUGUAAAUUGUUUGCAAUGGUCUACUGAUGGAAGCAGGCGACCUCAUAUUCUUUCCACAAUUCAUGUUGGCAAUAUUUUUUCUGUGAAGUUUUUGGGAGUAAACAAUAGUAUGAUUGCCAGUUCUGCCGGCGAUGGUAAAGUAUCCGUUCAGGAACUGAGAGGGUCUCAAAUUUUACAUUGUAUCUGUCAUAAAAGUAGAGUGAAAAGACUGGCCACCUGUCCUGUAGUUUCUACGAUGUUUUGGUCCGCUUCCGAAGAUUCUAAAGUUAUACAAUAUGAUUUAAGGCAACCACAUAUAUGCACGUCGCAAACAGCCAAUUUAUUUCUCAGUUUUGGAUCUCAUUGCGAAAUCAAAUGUAUAGCUGUAAAUCCGACGAAGCCUCAUUACAUAGCUGUAGGUUGCAACGAUGCCUAUGUUAGAAUUUAUGAUAGGCGGAAAAUAAAAACUUGUAUAUUGUCUGAGAUCAAUCAUAGCAUAUCCGAAUAUACAUACCCUUCAAGCAGUACAUUGACUGAUCCCAAUGUCGUGCAAUAUUAUGCCCCUGGACAUAUAGCUAUUGACAAUGCAGAUAUUAGUAGCAUUCGGCAUGCAGUAACGUAUAUUGAAUUCAACUCUGCCGGAUCUGAGAUGUUAGUCAACAUGGGCGGAGAGCAUCUUUAUUUAUUUAAUAUUGAAAACGUCAAGCCCGUAAGUGAAAUUAGGUUUCCAUCGUUGUCAAGAAGUAGAACUAAAUACAAGACGUUCCAAUGCAAAUGUAAGCCGGAGGAAUGUAGUAGUUACAAUCAACAAAUUUAUAGCGGAGAGCUUAGUCCAUCAAAAGACUUGUGCGCAUGUUUUUAUAUGAGACGAGGUUACCAUUCAUAUAAAAGAAGGUGGAUGGGAGACCUGUAUGCCGCAGCAAGGGAUUUUUUGCAUGUCAUCCAGAAAUGGCCACAUGAAAGAAAAGCCUACGUUUAUUUAAUUAGGUGUCUAGUAGAGCUCGGUUGGCUUGAAGAUGCGACCCGUUGGUACGAUUAUCUUUGCCAAUUGGAUCCUGCUUUCACUUCUGACAAACAGGCACAAAAAAUAUUGGACUCUAUACAGCAAUCAAAAGGCAGGAAGAAAGACAUUGAUACUCUGGAAGCUAUUGAGCCGGAGCAAGCAGAAGUCGAAAGACGAUUAGAUUCAAUGGAUUAUGAUCUGAGAUUUCUUGGUCACUGUAAUACUACUACAGAUAUUAUGGAGGCCAACUUCUUAGGAAACGACUUUAUUUGCGCAGGCUCAGACACAGGAGUUAUAUUUAUAUGGGAGAAAAAAACGCAAUCAAUCAUAAACGCACUCGUUGGUGAUAUGUCUAUUGUAAAUUGCCUUCAACCACAUCCAAGUACUUGUCUCAUAGCAUCUAGUGGAAUCGAUGUUAGCGUUAAAUUAUGGUCUCCCAUGCCUGAGAGUAAUUCCGAGAAUAGUAGAGUUAUUAAGGAUUGCAAUUCGCUAGUUAAAGCCAAUCAAACGCGAAUCUUAAUGGACCCAUUUGGAACAGUAUUGCUAGGUAUGGGCUUUAAUAUGCCCGAGACUUUGGUCAGUUCAGAAAGAGAAAUAUUAGCCGCCAUAUCGGAGAUGCCAAAUUGUGAAGCUUCGUAACGAUAACUGAAUUAAAAAUUGUUUUACAUUAUGUAAUUAAACAAUUCGUAUAAA